UUUGCAAGUAACUAAUCGAUAGUUUAUUACAUCAGUGACACCUCUACUGAAUUGACGUAACAUAUCUUUAGUAAAUACACCGACGAUCCCCAAGUUACACAAUACAGAGCCUAUCCAUCACAAGCGCUGUAUCGGGAGCUUUUAUGACACUGUCGGAUUGCUGUUGUUGGGCUGGGCAGCAUGGCCGUAAAUUACCGGUAUAUUUAUAUUCUUUCUCACCACAAAAUUCCGAUUUCCAGUUUUGACUGAUUUAGUUGCCUUUACUGAUCGAAAAAAAUCAAAAAACAGUAACAUUGUCCAAAACACAAGUUUAGCUGGGUUUGAAUUCCACUUAAGAGAUUUGCUUUAUUACUCCUAAUACCAUGAACGUCAGGGGGCACAAUUUUCAGAUGCAAAUUCUGAAAGAAAAAAGUUAAAAAGAAAUCAUCCUGACAGAUGCAGAUUAAGUAAUCACCCAGCACAUCUGUAUCAUACUCAAAACUGUUUUUAAUAGUUUAAAUCAUUUCAUUUGAGGUAACGGGACAUUUGUUAAGGGAGAAUAGCUCUUGAAUUGGAUAAUGUCAUAAUGUGUACAGUCAGUGGUCAUGUUGUCUUAACACCCACCAUAUAAUCUAUUGCUAGACUAUAGCAGUGCUAUUUCUUGUCAUACCAUUUUCUGUACGAUACAUCCUUCUCUGUCUCAUCAUUCCAGUGUCCUGGUCUGACAACCGCAUGCUGCAUGACUGAUAUAAACUGUCCAUCACCCAAUUGCACGUCCUUUGUGAUACACUCUUUAAAGAUGACUGUGUCACCUGUGUAUACUGUGCUCUGACUGUGGCACAAUGAGAAAAGAUGGCCAUAACCCUUUGCUAUUAUCAUCCAAGAAACCAUGCCAGGGCCUGGCGAACCAUGGUCCAGAGCUAGAAACGCUACAUGCUGUUUUGGAAGUGGAAGAGGAGCGAACAGAGCAGGCCCUCUCUGUGGAGAUAAGGCACCCACGGGAACCACGGGAGCAUGUGCAGGAGGUGACUUCCAGACGUGCGUGCCGAAAAAACAGACACUCCAACAGGCUGCGGUGUCUCUUUAAAGACCGUGGGCGAUACACCAACAUUGAGGCAGGCAGCUCCACACGUGAAACUCAGCUGAAUCUGGAGCAGCUGCUGCUGAUGCUGUCUGGGAAGAUAAAUAGUGAGCAGGGAGUCUAUAAAUUGCAUAGGCAGGAAUUGGAGCUGGAAAAAGCCAUCGUCCUCUGCCACCUGCUAGAUACCCACCAAGAUUUUCUGCACAAACGACAGCUUGUGCGACAGUUCGCCCAAGAUGGCAGCAGCUUCAAUCAGCUUGUUCCUCAUCUAAACCACUCGAGGACCUCGCUGCGUGGAUCCAAAAUUGCUUCUUGUUCCUGCAAGAUCAAAACCAAACACAAACAGCCGGUACCGCAGGCAGCAAGCAGUGACUUGUAUUUAGAUGACGCCUAUACCACGUGUGUAGCAGCGGACACCUGUUGGAGCAGUGCUCUAAAAAUUUGUCACCCUCAUAACACUUCUCAUGCACAGCGCAACGACCAGGCCCCCUACCACAAACAGUUUACUGGGUCAGAUGUGUCCCCUCCCUCCAAAUGCAUGGACAGGAAUAUGGCGAGUGGUGCAGACUACCGGUUUCUGGUACGGCAGAACUUUGAACUCUUGCGAGCUUUGGAUGAACUUAAGAAGACAUGCAGCAUACUGAGGGAGGAAAAUUGCCUGUUGCGGAAGAGCAGUGCUCCAGAAACGGAGGAGAAGGUCAGGCGGCUGAGGAGGAAGAACACAGAACUGGCAGUGCUUGCCAAAAGGCUGGAGGAGAGGGCACGGAAAUUGCAAGAGGCGAAUCUCAAAAUGGUGAAUUCUCCAUCACUGAUAAGGCCCGGAUCAGUGGAACACUACAAGAGGGCAUUUGCACGACAGCGAGCACGUGAUCUUGCCCAGCAUGCGGAUGCACUGCUGUGUAAGGAAAAGGAGAUCGCCGCGCUGCAGCAGGAUUUCAGGGAACUGGAGGCACGACUGGGCGCUGCUAAAGGUUCUCCUGUGCCUUCAAGCAGAGUCGAAUUUGAGAAACUUCUCAGAGAGUCUCAAAGAGAGGUUCUGCGGCUUCAAAGACAGCUGGCCGUCACUUCGACCACACCGCACCAAAACCACAAUCCUGAUCCUGGUGGCCCAGAUAAUUGCGUGACAUCUGCUGAGGUGGAGGUCGUGGAAGAGAAGGUUGUAGGAGAAACCCCGUGUGCCCCAUUCGAUGAAUCUCCAUCUACUUGUGAGAAGACUCCCAGAGAGGAGGAGGAGUCGGGGCUCCCAGUGACGCCCCACUCGGGCCUUAGCCCGACUCCCCCCCAUCAGGAGAAAAAUUCAGAGGAGAAGCAUCUUCACUAUCUGGAGAGUGAGCUGACAAAGAAGAGAAAAGAAUGUGAAAAUCUUGAGCAUGAAGCAAAGAAGCGGCAGAAGAAAUGCCUGGAUUUGGAGAGCCAGCUUGAGGAUGAGCAGGGCAAAAAUGAGAAACUAAAGGAGGAGGCGGAUCUCCUCAGGAGGAAGGCACAGCUGCUCGACCAGACUCGAGUUGAGAAUGAGGAGUUGAGGGAAGAACUCUCUAAAGUGACCGCUCAACACAAUUCAGUUCUCGAGGAGAAUCAGAGACUCUGUGCCAAACUGGAGAACCUAGAGCAGGUCCUAAAGCAUAUGCGAGAGGUCGCUGAGCGAAGGCAGCAGUUGGAAUUGGAACAUGAGCAGGCACUGGCUAUCCUUAAGUUCAAGCAGGAUGAAAUCAAACGCUUACAACGGGCUCAGUUAUUUGCCAAGAGGGAACAUGAAGGGGUGGUCCAGAUGUUGGAGGAGUUGAUUCAGCUUGUGUUGCGGAGGGAGAUGUCAAAGGUGCGAGAUCUGGAGGAGAAAUGUCGCAGCCAGAGUGAACAGUUUGGCUUGUUGUCCCGAGAGUUGGAGAAAUUUCGACUGCAGGCCUCGAAGGCGAACCAUGCCGGCGCCGGCCUUCUGAACCACCCCGGCUUCUCUCUUCUGACGAAUGGUGUGGGCCUGUCAACAGAGCGAGACUGCACAGAUGGCUCAUGGGAUAUGGAGUCUCUGAGCGAAAUAGCCUUCUGGAGUCUCGAGGGAGGUGACACUCUCUCAUGCGCUGAGGAUGUGGCUGCUGCACUACGCAUGGGGACCACCCCCCAUGCUGCCGGGCUGUCCAGGGUGGAGCGCUCGCCGGUCACCAAGCAUCGCGAACUUCCCACAAUCAGUGUCAGCAAGUCAGCCUCGUCCUCCAGCAAGUCUGAGACGACAAACCUCACCCCAAAGUCGGAGACUCACCUUAGUCCGCACAAAUCAAGCCCGUCACAUGAGGUUGACACAGCCAGUGAGGUUGAUGAGCUGGAUGUCGACAUGGCCCCCGCACCUUACACCGCCUGCAGAAGUGCAUCAAAGCUGCAGGUUUUUAUUGCACGAUACAGCUAUAAUCCUUAUGAUGGCCCCAAUGAUAAUCCUGAAAUGGAGCUCCCACUCACUGCUGGAGAGUACAUCUAUGUGUACGGUGGCGUGGAUGAUGAUGGCUUCUAUGAAGGCGAGUUGGUAGAUGGAAGGAGAGGGCUGGUUCCCUCAAAUUUUGUGGAACGUGUAUCGGACGACGAUGUCAUGGGUACUCAUCCACCAGAGACUAGUGACGUAACCCACAACUCUUUGCUAGACAGCAGUUUGCACAGUGCCAGCCACCAGCAUCACCUCCACACAAGUGUCCGCACCUCAGAUAGAACGGAGGCCUCUUCUCUCUGUGGCCCCGCCUCAGCCUCUUCCAAUUCGGCCUUGGCUGUUUCAGCCCCACUCACCAAUGGCCUGGAUGUGGAUUUGGAGGAGGUGGGCGUGGACACUGUGCCUUACCCACGUAAGCUCACCCUCAUCAAGCAGCUUGCCAAAAGCAUCAUCAUCAGCUGGGACCCUCCGUUGGUGCCAGCUGGGUGGGGCAAUGUGUGGAGUUAUAAUGUGUAUGUGGACCAGGAGCUCCGGCUCAAUGUGCCCUUCGGUGCUCAGACCAAGGCGGUGCUAGAGAGGCUCGACAUCAACCUCAAGGCCUACCGUGUAUCUGUGCAAAGCCUGACAGAAAAGGGACUCUCAGACCAGCUGCGCUGCAGUAUGCUCAUUGGUCGGGACGUUUGUGUGGCCCCUACGCAGCUGCGUGUGGACAGGGUCACCGCCACCUCCGCCAACCUGUCCUGGCUCCCCAGCAACAGCAACUAUGUGCACAUUGUGUCCUUGAAUGAGCAGGAGUGCGAGCUGGUGAAGGCUGGAAGCUACUCGCUGUGCCUCAAUAACCUCUUACCCAGCCUGCAGUACACAGUCAAAGUGGAGGCGCGGCCCCACCGCACGCCUUGGGAGUUACCCGUGGAGCGACGUGAACGCAGAAGUGCUAGCAUCAACUUCAGUACACGAAUGGCAGGCCCCCCUGAUGCUCCAUUGGAUGUACAGUUGGAACACGGUCCUUCACCAGGUAUUGCCCUCAUCAGCUGGCUGCCGGUCACUAUCGAUUGUGCGGGAACCUCCAAUGGAGUCCGUGUCACUGGAUACACUAUAUAUGCAGAUAAGAAAAAGGUGCUGGAGGUGUCUUCCCCAACAGCCGGCAGUGCUCUGCUGGGGCCUUCGCAGAUCCAGUCCCUACAGGCAGCUCAGGAGCUCACUGUUCGCACCAUGUCUGCACACGGGGAGUCUUGUGACUCUUUUCCAGUCAAUGUGCCCUCCAGGCUACCUGCUAUAAUGGCCGGCCCGGUUGCAACCACCCCGGUAGUGCCACCCCUCGCCUGCAACCCUGUGGGACCCACAAACCUGGCCUCAUUGCUUUCUUUGGGAAACUCUGCUGCCAAAGCCUCCACGCCUCUCUGCCCGUCACCUCCAGACACACACAUUUCUAGCCUCACGGUGGAGGCCGCUGCCAACUGUCCUCAUGUCCCACACUCGGAGGUCUUGGCGUCAUCAGCCACAUUUGUAAGGGCUUGGGCCGACCCCACAUCUGCUCCCAUGGCUGCGUGUGAGGCCACGUUACCCGUUACGUCAAUCAUCACCCCAGUGAUUAAUGCGACAUCCCCCUCUCUGUCAGCUCCUCAAGCACCUCCUGUAAUAGCACCCACGCAAACGGCAGAGGUGGUCCCAGCGGCCAUGAUGGAUCAACGCAGAGAUGCAGACAGCCCUGGAACUAUUCGUCCUUUUCCGUCCAUUACAGAGUUCAUUGAAGAUCCCUGUGCCAAACUUGUAACGCCGGAGCGUAUCCCCACACCACCCAAAGCCCCAAUCACAGACCUCCUUAACCCUUUGGACACAUUAAUCCUCCGACCCCCAAGCACUUCACCACUGGACUCCGAGGUAGAGGAGGAACAAGAGAACAAACGUUUAGUGUCCGUUGAGGAGUUCUUGAGAGAGGACCAGGACCCAAUAUACACAAAGGGGCAACAGAGCUAUGGCGCAGGGUUGGUUGAGCCUCCAGGUGACUACGUCGCUGACAGCAUCCGCUCAGACUUGUCUGACAUCCUAGAAGAGGAGGAGGAAGAACUUUACUAUGACCACCUCGUGGAAGCGCCCACCAGGGGAUACACGGUUACAUCUGGCAGAGUAACCAAAUCAGAGCCUUCAGACAGUGAUGAAGAUGUUCUUGAGAGGAUCCUCAAGUUACCCACUCAGCCAUACCGCAGCAAGCAUCUGUUUAGUAUUCCUGAAGUGACCGAGGAGGAAGAUGGCAGUCGGAAAGAACCUUUACAUCAUCACAUACAGAUUCAAAAGAGGCUCAGCCACCUUCACCCCAGAAGCACGGAACACCUUCAUCAUGCUCCUCAGUGUCACCACCAUCCGCAUGUUCCACCUCAGCACCACCACUUCAACAUGGAUCCCAGAUCCUUCACCAAAGAGCCUUUAAUGAGGCAAGGACCCUUACAAGUAAAACCCAAGCUGCAGCACAGAGUCCACUACUCAGAUGCCGUUGACAUUGUCAGUUAUAGUGGUGAAAAAGAAGUGGGUUUAUGCGAAGGUCCAGCCAAUAGGCGGGGUCCUGUCCGCUGUCCUCCCCAUUCUGCCCCCAACAAAGACAGAGUACUCCUCAGAGGGUUAGGGGAUCGCCUUAGGAGGGAGGCCAUGCUCAGGAGUCAGAAGGCUGCAGCGGCAGCAGCUAAACCGGGCCAUGGUCCGACCCCGCCAAGACCCUACCCAGUAAGCAAAACAGUACGUACUGUGAAAUCACCGAUUAGCCGUGGGAUGGAGAUUGAUGUGGAGUACGGGACGGACGACAAUGAGGAACCAGAUGCGUGCCCUACAGGGGAGGUGGUGCUAGGACAGAUGAGGUCAGAGUGGUGGAUCGAAGGCGCUGAAAUGGAGCACAGAGGGUCUUCCUACCGCCAAGGAAGAAAGCUGGAGUCCGUGGAGCCCAGUGAACAAACGGAAUCUGCAGCAGGUCCAUCAUGGGGGCCAGACUCCGAGCUAUCCUCUAAAUCUGUUGGUUCGCAAGGCAGGCAGCUCAAAGGCUGUUUUGAAUCACCAAAGACAAAAGGAGACAACAGCGAAUUCCGCAUCUUUGUAGCGCUCUUCCCUUAUGACCCUGCCACCAUGUCACCCAACCCGGACGCCGCUGAGGAGGAGCUGCCCUUUCGAGAGGGACAGAUUAUCACAGUUUACGGCGAUAAAGACUCAGACGGGUUCUACAGAGGGGAGUCUGCCGGUCGUUUGGGCUAUGUGCCUUGCAACAUGGUGUCCGAGAUCCAGGUGGAGGAUGAAGAAACCCGGCAGCAGCUUCUGCAGCAGGGCUUCUUAACAACCCCAGCAUCCAUUGAGAAGAUAGGCACUCGCACACACGCACAGCUUCCAAGUCGCCCUGUUCCACCACCAAAACCGAGACGAUCCAAGAAAGCGGAGUCUGCAACACUCUUGGAAGAGAGCGUAGACUCCUCCAGUCAAGAUGUAAGCCAGGCAGCUGCUGCAACUGCAGCAAACUCCACCCCAGGAUCUCGCCGGAUGGUGGCCAUCUUUGAUUACGAUCCACGAGAGAGCUCCCCGAACACCGAUAUCGAGGCUGAGUUGACCUUCAGUGCCGGCGAUGUCAUCCAUGUCAUUGGCGACAUGGAUGAAGAUGGCUUCUUCUACGGUGACUUGAAUGGACAACGAGGCUUGGUGCCCUCCAACUUCCUGCAGGCGUUACCAGAAGAUGCUCCAGCCGAACAUGUCUCUGCUCAGCCUGCAGCGGAACCCAAGAAAGAAUCGCAGGGAAUCCCCGCUGUCGUCCAGCAGGAUCCCGGGCCCUCGACAAGUCAAGAUACUUUGAUCCCCCAAAUCGAACCUCCUUGCCCCAACCUAUCUGAACAUUCAGAACCACUCCCCCAUCUGCAACUGCCUGCCAGCACCACAUCAGAAUCGGGCCCGGUUCCAGGCUCAGCGCCAGUGCAUGCCUCUCCUCCAGCCCCCCACCCGGCAGACAGGCCGGUGCUCGCCGACAGCUCCGCACAAGGCAAGAAGAAGAAAGGCUUCUUCUCCAAAGGCAAGAAACUGUUCAAAAGGUUUGGAUCCAGCAAGAAAGAUUGAAAGGCAGGACCUCAAACUUGAUACUAUUUUAUUUAUUUAAUUUUUUUUGGAAGCACUUUCUUGAUAACUGUUAGUAAUCGUACACUUGCCUUAGCGCACGACUAGAUUCGCUGUGAAUGACAAAAUUGUGCAAUCUCUCGACUCAAAUAUACUCCAAUGGCAAAUCAUCAAAGCGUCUCACGCUUUCAGUACUAAACAUAGAAGGCCUCAGCCUUCUUCGUCCAUCUAAAGAAAAAUAAGCUCAUUUGAUUUGUCCCGCACAUGUUUCUGCCAGUGUGUACAUUUGUCCAAAUGAUCAUGCUUUAUAUCUGCAUCUGUCUUUCCCUCGUUGUAGACUCGGUGGAGUGUGACGUCGAUCAAGUGCAGUCAUUGAAACAGGCAUGAGACACUAUAGUGUGUGUGCGCGUGUGUGUGCGGGUAUGUGUGUGUGCUGUCCAAAGCACAUGGCUUUUUCAGAUAUUAGCGCUUGAGCUGUCGAAGUUGUCACCAGCAGCCUCAGUGAUGCACACAAGCUAGUUGAUAUAUUUUGGAUGCAGUAGUAGAGGUGUUUUCGCAUUGAGGUGUUUUCGCGGAGGGAGCUCACAUCAAAAGUAACCGUUAGAAACCACAAUAAAAAUAAUAUUCCUGUCCACAGCACGGAUUAGUGUUUUAACACAGCAUGUCAGCAGCGUCUUUACAAUGAUUGUCAAGUGUGAUGAAGCAGAACUUUUUUUUUUUCCUUUUCAACGCGCGUAGCUGCAGGUGUUUCUCAGAAAUUGGCGCCUAGCCGUCCAUUUUGUAUCCUAGUUGCUCUGUUUCAGUUCGCUGAAGGAGCAACCUACCCCAGCGACAGUUGUGGUUUAC